GCGCCGAGCCGGAGCCGGAGCCUGUGAUUUGAGCAGCGUGGGGAUGCGCCCCUCAGUCCGACUCUACUGCGCUCAUCAUCGGCUGCACCUGCUGCCUCCCUCGCCCUGCCGCUGGAUCUCCGGGAGACCGUCUGGAAGUUUUCUUUUUUUUGAAAACCACAUUUCCUCCAGCGAUUAAUUAAUUAAUUAAUUAAUUGAGGACGGCGUUGAGGCUCUUUUUUGUGGGAAUACUACGAACGUUUUUGCACACUUUUUUGGAGCUUUUAUCGAGGCUUUUAUCGAGGGUUGAAGAGACCAUGACGACCGCCACCUCCCCGAUCUUGUUGAAAUGGGACCCCAAGAGUCUUGAAAUCCGCACACUGACUGUGGAGCGGCUUCUGGAACCCCUCGUUACACAGGUGACCACGCUGGUCAACACCAGCAACAAAGGGCCGUCCAGUAAGAAGAAGGGGCGCUCCAAGAAGGCCCACGUCCUGGCCGUCUCUGUGGAGCAGGCCACGCAGAACUUUCUGGAGAAGGGGGAGCAGAUCGCCAAAGACAGCCAGGACCUGAAGGAAGAGCUCAUCGCUGCCGUGGAUGAUGUCCGCAAGCAAGGAGACAGCAUGCGCGUGGCCUCCUCAGAGUUUGCCGAUGACCCGUGCUCCUCCGUGAAGCGUGGCACCAUGGUGAGGGCUGCCCGGGCCCUGCUGUCCGCCGUCACGCGCCUGCUCAUCCUCGCCGACAUGGCCGACGUCAUGAGGCUGUUGGCCCACCUUAAGAUUGUGGAGGAGGCCCUGGAGGGAGUGAAGAACGCCACCAACGAGCAAGACCUGGCCAACCGCUUCAAAGAGUUUGGGAAGGAGAUGGUGAAACUUAAUUAUGUGGCAGCCCGGAGACAGCAGGAGCUGAAGGACCCCCAGUGUCGGGACGAGAUGGCGGCGGCACGCGGCGCUCUGAAGAAGAACGCCACCAUGCUGUACACGGCCUCGCAGGCCUACCUGCGCCACCCGGACGUGGCGGCCACGCGCGCCAACCGGGACUACGUGUUCAAGCAGGUGCAGGAGGCCAUCGGGGGCAUCUCCAGCGCCUCCCAGGCCACCUCGCCUACGGAUGACAAGCAAAGCCACGCCGGCAUCGGGGAGCUGGCGGCCGCCCUCAAUGAGUUUGACAACAAAAUCAUCCUGGACCCUCUGACAUUCAGCGAGGCUCGCUUCCGGCCCUCUCUGGAAGAGCGCUUGGAGAGCAUCAUCAGCGGCGCCGCUUUAAUGGCCGACUCUUCGUGCACGCGUGACGACCGCCGUGAACGCAUCGUGGCCGAGUGCAACGCCGUCCGACAGGCCCUGCAAGACUUGCUGAGCGAGUACAUGAACAAUACCGGCAGGAAGGAGAAAGGAGACCCUCUGAACUCGGCCAUAGACAAGAUGACCAAGAAGACCCGGGACCUGCGUCGACAGCUGAGGAAGGCGGUGAUGGACCACAUCUCCGACUCCUUCCUGGAGACCAACGUUCCUCUGCUGGUGCUCAUCGAAGCGGCCAAGAGCGGGAACGAGAAGGAGGUGAAGGAGUACGCCCAGGUCUUCCGUGAACACGCCAACAAGCUGGUGGAGGUGGCCAACCUGGCCUGCUCCAUCUCCAACAAUGAAGAAGGUGUCAAGCUGGUGCGAAUGGCCGCCACACAAAUUGACAGCCUUUGUCCACAGGUGAUCAAUGCGGCCCUGACCCUGGCCGCCCGACCCCAGAGCAAAGUGGCCCAGGACAACAUGGACGUCUUCAAGGACCAGUGGGAGAAGCAAGUGCGCAUCUUGACUGAGGCCGUGGACGACAUCACGUCGGUGGAUGACUUCCUGUCCGUCUCAGAAAACCACAUCCUGGAAGACGUAAACAAAUGCGUUAUCGCGCUACAAGAGGGCGACGUGGACACCCUGGACCGAACUGCCGGAGCCAUCAGGGGCCGGGCGGCUCGCGUGGUGCACAUCAUCAAUGCUGAGAUGGAGAACUACGAACCCGGCGUCUACACCGAGCGGGUGUUGGAGUCCAUCAAGCUUCUGUCUGAAACGGUCAUGCCUCGUUUUGCCGAACAAGUGGAGGUGGCCAUCGAGGCGCUGAGUACCAACCCGCCGCAGGCCUUUGAGGAGAACGAGUUCAUCGACGCAUCCCGCUUGGUCUACGACGGCGUUCGGGACAUCAGGAAAGCCGUCCUCAUGAUCAGGACGCCGGAGGAGCUCGAAGACGACUCCGACUUUGAACAGGAGGACUAUGACACGCGCAGUCGGACCAGCGUUCAGACCGAAGACGACCAGCUUAUCGCAGGACAAAGUGCUCGGGCCAUCAUGGCUCAGCUCCCCCAGGAGGAAAAGGCCAAGAUCGCCGAGCAGGUGGAGAGUUUCAGGCAGGAGAAGUGCAAGCUGGACGCCGAGGUGGCCAAGUGGGACGACAACGGCAACGACAUCAUCGUGCUGGCCAAGCAGAUGUGCAUGAUCAUGAUGGAGAUGACCGACUUCACCAGUAGGGGCAAAGGUCCCCUGAAGAACUCCUCGGACGUGAUCAACGCCGCCAAGAAGAUCGCAGAGGCCGGCUCCAGGAUGGACAAACUGGCCCGCGCCGUGGCCGAUCAGUGUCCAGACUCGGCGUGCAAACAGGACCUCCUGGCCUACCUGCAGAGAAUCGCACUCUACUGCCAUCAGCUCAACAUCUGCAGCAAAGUGAAAGCCGAGGUGCAGAAUCUGGGCGGGGAGCUGAUUGUGUCAGGGCUGGACAGCGCCACCUCGCUCAUCCAGGCCGCCAAGAACCUGAUGAACGCUGUGGUCCUGACCGUUAAGGCCUCCUACGUGGCGUCCACCAAGUACCAGAAGGUGUACGGCACCGCCGCCGUCAACUCUCCUGUGGUCUCCUGGCGCAUGAAGGCCCCCGAGAAGAAGCCGCUGGUUAAGCGGGAGAAGCCCGAGGAGUGCCAGACCAGAGUGCGGCGAGGCUCCCAGAAGAAACACAUAUCCCCCGUGCAGGCCCUCAGCGAGUUCAAGGCCAUGGACUCCUUCUAGGACCGCCUGCCAUCUUUGUCGGGAGGACCGCGCUUCAACUGGAGACUGUCUCAAACACACACACACACACACUAUUUAUCGAUCAUAUUGUAGCUUGACAACUGUGAAAGUCAUGGAAGUUAAGGAAAAAAGAAAACAUAUCAGGAAUUUGUUUUUCAAAGUAAAGGUUGCUAUUGUAGUCCUGGCUGCUUGUCCUUCAAGUUGGAAAACUAAAAUGUACUUCUCGCACUUCCCAUUCAACAAUGUAACAGUAGUAGUAGUGGGUACCAAGUUGUGUUCAAGGCGUGUCAUGUGACCAAGUGGAAAUAUGACGGGUUCGUCUCGCUGUGGUUUGCUCCGAAAAAUACGCUCGCCUUUGUCUAAUAAAUCCUUCAACUUGUCUCCUCCCUCACA